CAGACUCCCCGUGACACUCGCGCCGGGCCGGGUGAUUGGCUGCGCUCGGGCGCGAAACGUAACGCGGGAAAACCUGGGGCUCGGCCCGGGCUGCGAGCGCGGAGGUACCGCAGCGGCGGCGGCGGCUCCUCCUCGGGCAUCGCCGGGACCGGGGCUUCCAGCGGGGCCGGCUUCGCUUCGGAAAGGUGCGGGGACGCUGUGACUGCUUCGCUCCGGCCGCUGCCAUGGCCGGGGGCCGCCGCUAACUUGGCGGAUCCGCUCGGGGGUGGCCGCGGAGGCGGAGGGGUGCGGAGGGCAAACCAGCCAGAACACGGGGAGCCGCCGUCCUCAGUGAUGAGCGGCUGAGGCGGGCCCGGGCGACGACAGGUGGCGACGGCCGCGGGACCUCCGUGCAGCUGCACGGCCCAUCCCGGGACACGGGCGCGGACAGCGGGGCCGUGCCGCCGCGGAGCGCCGUCUUUUCCCUCUCUCUACGCGUUCCUUUCGCCGCUGCCCGCGAAGGUUCGGCGAUGGCGGAGCGGCUCCCGCCGGGCCCCCCCCCAGUGAUUUUUUGCCAGGAUUCCCCGAAGCGCGUCCUGGUCUCCGUUAUUAAAACCACCCCGAUCAAACCCUCCUCGGGGGGGAGCGGGGGCGAGGAGCCGAUGCCCGUCCCGCCCGUCCCCACCAGCCCCGGCUUCAGCGACUUCAUGGUCUACCCCUGGCGCUGGGGCGAGAACGCACACAACGUGACCCUCAGCCCCGGCGGCGGCGACAGCACCGCCGGCCCGUCAGCCAUCCCGCCGCCCCGCGGGGGAGCGGGCAGAGCCCCCGGCGGGGACGAGGCGAAGGCGGGAAGCCCGGGGAGCGGCGCCCGGCACCGGCACCUGAAGGAUGGAAUAAGACGUGGCCGUCCAAGAGCAGACACCGUCCGAGACCUGAUCAGUGAAGGAGAGCACUCUUCCAGCAGGAUACGCUGCAAUAUUUGCAACAGGGUCUUUCCACGAGAGAAGUCACUGCAAGCCCAUAAACGAACUCACACUGGUGAAAGGCCUUAUUUAUGUGACUACCCAGAUUGUGGGAAAGCCUUUGUGCAGAGUGGGCAGCUCAAAACUCACCAGCGUCUCCACACAGGAGAGAAGCCUUUUGUCUGCUCAGAGAAUGGCUGUUUAAGCAGAUUCACACAUGCAAACCGUCAUUGUCCCAAACAUCCAUAUGCCCGACUGAAGAGGGAAGAGCUCACGGACAGGCUGAGUAAGAAGCAGACGGCUGACAAUAAGGCUGUGGCUGAGUGGCUAGCAAAGUACUGGGAGACUAGAGAGCAGCGUGCUCCUGCUUUGAAGACCAAAGCAAUCCAGAAAACAGAUCAGGAACAGCAGGACCCAAUGGAGUAUCUUCAGUCUGAUGAAGAGGAUGAUGAAGAGAAAAACAGCGCUCAUUCAGCUGCCCGGCACCGCCGCCUCCAGGAGCAGCGUGAGCGCAUGCACGGCGCGCUGGCGCUCAUCGAGCUGGCAAACUUAGCUGUGGCACCCCUGCGACAGUAG